AUGGCAGAAGCUAUAUCGGAAAUGCAAAAACUUGUAAAGGAAGCUUCAGAUAUAAAAUAUAUAUCUGGAGCCUCACUAAAAACUUAUUUCCGUUCGGCAAAUGCUUUGUUAAGACAGGCAAAUCGAUAUAAAGAAGAAAAUGACUUAAUCAACGCAUAUAAAUUCUAUAUGAGAUAUGCAACGCUGGCGCUCGAAAAGUUACCCAAUCACCCGGAAUAUAAAAAAUCUGAACAUAAGGCUGGAAAAGUAGAACUUUCCAAAAAUUCACAGAUUGUUCUAGGAGAAAUUGAAAAGCUCAAACCUAUCCUUCAAGAACACUUUCGGCACUCCGCAGAAAAAGAGUUAAUAAUAAAAGAUGUGUCUUUGAGUUCGAUCGAGAGUCAGAAAGAUCAAACUCAAGAAUAUAAUAAUAAGGACUAUCAUAACGAUGAAAAUGAUCAGAACAGAGAAUACGAUGAUCAAAAUGAUUAUCAAAACAAAAGUUAUCAAAGUCAAGGACUUCAAAAUCAAAUUCCGGAAUCGUCUCUGGAUUUGGUAGAACAGCUUAAAAACAUCAAUUUGCAUUCGACAUCUCCUGAAAUAACUAAACCAGAAGAACAAUUGCAUCCAAAGGUUUAUUACCCCAAUGUUUCAGAACGAAAUCGAAGUGACGGAUAUCAUUAUUCUGCACAUACACCGCGUGCAGUAUCAUCACAAGCAUUAUCAUUUUAUGAUGCGCCAUUAUCGGACUUUCCACCUUCUGUAGAAUCAUCACAAGCAUUAUCAUCUCAAGUAAUACCAUCACCAGUGUUAUCGCGUCAAAUACCGCCUUCAAUAGUACCAUCACCAGUAUUAUCUCGACACAUAACACCCCCUGCAUUACCUCCCAAAGUGAGAAACGAGGCACCUCUGUUACCGCCAAAGCCGAACGGAUAUAGUGUAGAAGAAUUAGUUUCCAACAAACAUGAUCAUUUUAAGGCCAUUAAAGAUUAUGGUUUGCAGCCAGAGUACCAAGCAUAUACCGAAGGUGGAGAGGGUCUUCGAAAAGUAUAUCUUCCUGAUGAUAUCUAUGAGAUAUUUGUUAAGGUCGCUUCCAAAAAUACAGAAAAGAAUUUGGAAACGUGUGGAAUUUUGUUUGGUAGUUUGUCACAUAAUGUUUUCUAUGUCACAACGUUGAUAAUUCCUAAACAAACUGCAACAUCUGAUACCUGUGAAGUUACUAAUGAAGAAGACCUUAUCGAAUAUGAAGAAAAAGGAUUGAUGAUACUUGGUUGGAUACACACACAUCCAACACAGACUUGUUUCAUGAGUUCAAUGGAUCUACAUACACAUUCUUCUUUUCAAGUUAUUUCUCCCGAGGCAAUAGCUAUCGUAUGUGCUCCAAAGAAAUACCCAAAUUUUGGCAUAUUUCGUCUCACAAAUCCGCCGGGAUUACAAAAAGUGCUUGAGUGUACCUUAAGAGGUUUUCAUCCCCAUGAAUGUGACGAACCUAUUGACAGGGAAAUCACCGAGAAUGGCCAUAUCAUAAUGAAAAGGAUGGCACUUGAUGUUAUUGAUUUACAUAUGGUUUUCUGCCAUUUUGUUAUUAGACGCUGUGUUUCGUGUGAUGAUAUGUCAUUAAACGGUCGAAGAAAACGAAGACGCAGGGCUGUCAGAAGACGAAAUGAUAUCUGGGAUGCAUGUAGAGUGUAA